CCUGAAGCUCAUGGGGCGCCACAGCCUUCUCGUCUUUCUCCGAUAGCGAAGUCAGAAUUCAGCUCUGCUGUAGCCCUUUUCGGCUGCCUGCAGGAUGUCUAAUGGCUUCGUCACUGUUGGGCACUGCAUUGAGGGCCUUCCGAUUGGGCAAUUUGUAUGGGAACUCCUCCUAUCUGCCUUUCUGAUUUGCUUUUGGCUGGGUGCAAUGAAUGAGCCAACUCCUUUCGCAAUGGGGCUUAUUUCGACAGAUUGGUCGUUGAGCGAGCUAAGUGUUCAAGCAGUCCUGGCUGUGAUGAGCAUUGGCAACGCAACUUCCCUGGUGCUUUUUGGUUGGUUGGCGGACAGGUACGGCAGAGCAAUGGUCAUGAGAAACCUCCUUCUCCUUACUUUCGCAGCUGCCCUCUUCAUGCAAGGUUCCAGGACCCUGGAGCUGACGCUUUGCGCUCGCUUCCUCAUAGGCCUUUGCUCUGGUGGCAUCAUGGCAGCGCUGCUACCCCUCAUUGCUGAGUUGCUUCCAGCAAAGGGUCGUGGCUUCUAUCUCACGGUGUGGUGUUGUGGCAGGCCCACUGGCGCACUUUUUGCAGUAAUCAUCAGCUGUUUGCUCCCACAGAUGCAGUGGAUCAAUUUCAUCUUCCUGUUGAUGCUGCCAGCUCUGGUGUUAUACAUCUUGUGCCGCCUGGAAGUGAUUCCAGAGUCGCCACGGUUCUUGUACCUCAUGGGCAAGAGGGAAGAAGGCUACUUCACGCUCUUAGACAUGUACGACAAGGAGGCCACUUACCUUCCCUGGGCACCAGAGUCAGUUUCGCUGACGAGCUCACCAGAUCCCAAAGAGGUAAAAGCCAUCGGAUUGGAGACACUGCACCAUUCGGAUGCCGCAAGCACAGCUUUUCUUUGUCUCAUAGUUUUCUUGAUCAAUUGCGCAUCUCAGUGCAUGCGAGCUUGGGCACCCAUGACAGCGUUGACCUCCACUUCACAACAAAAUCCACUGGCGUUGAUUGCCUUCCCCUUUUGCAAGGCCCACAUGGCAGGAAGUUCUGGGCUUUCCUUGCUGCAGGGUCCACCAGACCAUCAUUUAGUGAUGGUGGUGGCACAAGGCUACAUGCUUGAGAUUUGCGGCACUGUUCUUUGUGCUGCAAUUUCUUCUGUUGUAAGUCGUCGGUGGCUGAUCCGUGGAGCACUCUUUUUGGCGGCGUGCUUGAGCUUUGCAACCACCGUAGCUGAAGGUCAUCACAUGUGGUUUUCUGCUGGUCCACUUUAUGGGAUAGUCCUGAUGGCCCAGUCGGCAGCCUUCAAUUUCAUCCUGGUCUACACUUGUGAGAGAUUCCCAACCUCAUCAAGGGCGAGUGCAGUUGGACUGGUGCUCUUCUUUGGUCAGGUUGCGCAGCUCUUCAUGCCAGCCAUGGGCGUUGUGCUAUUGAGACAUAUGUCGGAGCAGUCCGUCCUUUGCACCUUCAACAGUUUGUAUCUUGUGGCCCUUCUCCUUACGUUUCAGCUUCCUCUUCCAUCUUUUCGGGAAAGAACGCUUCAUGACAUCGAUGAGGGCAAGGCUGGAAGAGACGCACAGCGGCGAAAGAGGUUAGGAGUCAGCUACCAGACAGUCUAGAUCCAGAGAGCCGGCCCUUGCUGCAUUUGCAGCCAGAAAGCCAAAUGUCCUACGACUGUUUGUUAGCGAAAAAUGGUAGAUGGAUGCGGCUUCCGUAUACCAUACCAGCAACCAAGCAUUUGAACACCAAGCUUGCUGCUUUUGAGUUUGCCUGCCACCUCCAUUCCUGGCAUUUGGCAAGGUUCCAC